CACUCAGUGCUGCUGGUUUCGCGCAACGCGACGGCAAUAGUGUGAUAGCGAGCAAACCAAUUCGUUUUGGUGGCUCCUAGAUCGGCGAAAGUAACCGCAGCUUACUUAAUUAAUAAUUUAUUAUUUCAACCUUACCAACGCCAAACACACUUUGCCAAAAUGUUCUGCUUUAGGAAAAAGUCCGAUUCCAAACUUAAAGAGAUGCUGAGCGAGUGCGCCAAACGCCUGCUGUGGAUCCUGGUCUGGAUCGCCGCUGUCAUCGCGCACCCUUUCGUCCGACUGGCCAACCUGCGACGGCCCAAGAGCCUUCCUCGCAUCCGUAAUCCGCUGCUGCUCGAGAGGGCGACCACCCUUGCACACAAAAUCCGUACCCAGCAGGUUACCAGUGAGGAAGUAAUGAGAGCAUUCAUCGCUCGCACCAAAGAGGUCCAGCCACAACUUAAUUGCGUGGUGGACGAGAGAUACGAAGAAGCCUUGCAAGAGGCUCAACAAGUGGACAAAUUCAUCCGCUCCGGCGCCAAGAGCGUCGAACAAAUGGAAAUGGAGACUCCCUUCCUGGGGGUGCCCUUCUCAGUCAAAGAGAGCAUUGCCGUUCAGGGACUGAGCAACACUUCUGGUCAAAAGCUCCGCACAAAGAAAAUCGCGGCCCAAGACGCGCGGACCGUGUCGCUGGUGCGCGCUGCCGGUGGUAUCCCCUUCGUGGUGACCAACACGCCGGAGCUGUGCAUGUGCUACGAGACGGACAACAACAACACUGGUCGCACCAACAACCCGUACGAUUUGCGGAGAUCGCCCGGUGGCUCCUCCGGCGGAGAAGCUGCCCUUUUGGCUUCGGCAGGGUCAGUGGUCGGACUGGCCUCUGACGUGGGCGGUUCGGCUCGUCUUCCCGCUGCAUUCACCGGCAUUUUCGGCCACAAGCCUUCCCCAGGUUUCGUUUCCAACGAGGGCCACUGUCCGAGCUCGAGCGACCCCAAUUGGGACAGGUUCUUCAGCGUGGCGCUGAUGGGCCGGUACGCGGAGGACCUGGCUCCCACCCUCAGGGUCAUGGCUGGCGAAAACGCCGCCGCACUCAAUCUGCAGCAGAAGGUGGACCUGAAAGGGAUGCGCCUAUGCUACGUCGAGGACGAUGGCGCUGUCUUCACCCGGUCGCUCGAUCCUGAGGUCAGGUCCGCCCUGAGAAAGGCCGUCAACCACCUGGAGAAGUCGUGCGGCGUCAAGGCUGAGAAGUUGUGCAUCGAAGAGCUGAAAGACAUUUUCGAAAUUGCAUCCACCAUCCUGCUCAAGAUGAACGCCGUCGAGUGCAUGUUCCAGGUCGAGCCCGGAUCCAAGGAAUGGAAAAGCGUUACCUGGGAGUGGGUUCGUUACUUCGCCUGCAUGUCUGACUACACUUUCCCGCCUCUUCUCUAUGGAAUGCUGAAACGCAUUGCAGACAAAGUGUCUGAAGAGGACUUCAGGGAGAUGGUAUCUUGCAACCAGCGAAUCAAAAAUAUUUUCAAGGAGAAGCUGGGCGAACACGGCGUCGUGAUUUUCCCUUCCUUCACCGAGCCAGCACUCCUCCACCGGGAAAUCUACUACAAAUUCCUCAACGUCUCCUACCUGGUGACAUUCAACGCGACUGAAAUGCCUGUGACCAACUGCCCGGUAGGCAUGACCGCCCAAGGACUGCCAAUUGGAAUCCAGGUGGCCGCAAACCCUCUUCAGGACAGACUGACCAUUGCUGUGGCCGAGGAGCUGCAAAAGGCCUUCGGGGGAUGGGUCGCCCCACCCUCCGACGAGAAGGAGACGGUUUGAAGGCCGUCAUAAAGAAAAAACGGCUCCAAACCACCUGAACCGUGAGAGGGCAAGAACGCAUUUUAAAUAGCUCGAAAUAAAUGGGCCCUAUAAUAUAAAUCGAGGAAUUUCACCAAAGGAUUAGGAGAGACACACUGUGAACUACAGAUUCGAGUUUGGACACUUUGAAUAUGCCGUUCGUUACGGUAAACAGGAUCUCUCCUCAGCACUUAGGUCGAUUGUGCUGUACCUUUGCUGAUUUUUGAGGGCGAAUUGUCGAGUUCCUGUUCAGAAACCGAUACCGCGGUUUGGGACGGAUCGCCGAAGAAUUCGCAGCUCUGUCUUACGUACCUGAUUUGAGACCGACUCCCUGAAAAGCCUCGUUCAGGAAGUUAAUCGCACUAAAGGCCCUUACUUGAAUGUAAUUUUGAGGCGAUGAAAUUGCCCAGACACGUGUAUGACCCGAGAGAUAAUUGUUGUUACUUUUAUAGUCGUAAGAAGAGACUGCAGUUUUUACCCAACGACCAUAAAACAUGAAUAUGACAAUAAAGACAAAAGAAAAUCAAUCUAA